UUUCUGACAGAAAGGCAAAAUUUCUGUCUAAUUAAACUUGCACGACUUUUUUUGACAAAUUAAUGCUUUUUCCACAUAAUGUUCCGAUAUAUUCUACGAACUUUAUCGUACGAAACUAGUAGUUUCAAAUAUUUUAAAAGAAAAAAUAGUGAUUCCAAUAAUAACAAGACAACAAACGAUAAUAUUGCUUUCGAGGCCGAAUAUUAUUAUAAACAGGACAAAGAAUUACUAGAAAUGGUGAAGCAAAAAAUGCAGGACGAGGUGAAAUGCAUGCAAGAUGAAGUUACGACGAUGCGCAACAAAAUUGAGGAAUACAAUCGCAACAUAAACGAAAAUCUUCGAUUUUUGAAAGGUCUUGACAAAGAUUUAUCGGCCAGCGAUAAAAAGUGA